AAAAGGGCCAAAAGCAGCCAAAAAGUAGCUACACCUCUCAUUUUCAAUUAACACCAUCAGCUGAGACUAGUUGGGUAGCAUAUCCUAAUAUGUUGGAGUUGGGAGGUGUGUCCCCCUCCCUCUCUACUUGGACUGCUCCAUUUCACAUCUGAAAAAAAUCUGGUGGUUGGAGAAGAGUUCUUCAUGUCACUGCUGUAAACCUCAGCUUGUAGAAGACCGUAGCUCCUGCACCACACAAGAUAAGCAAAUGGACGAGAAAGAACCUGCCGAUCCCCUGAGUAACGUGUCACUGAUUAAUGAUGACCUGACCAAGUCAAACAUGGGGUCCUCUGGUGACUCAGAAAAAGUUAUUCAGCACUUGAAUGAUGAACUGCGAGAAGCCCAGAAGCUAGCCACUAUUGAGAAAUACAAAUGCAUGGAGCUACAAGGUAUCCUGGAGGAAGAGAGAAAAGAAAAUAAACAACAAGCUGAUGAAUCUGCAAAACAGAUAAAACUUCUUCAAGGCCAGCUGCAGCAGCUUCAAGGUGAAAUGGGCAUUCUUAGAGAGCAAAUAGACGUGUCCUCCGAUUUGCACGAGGAGCUCCAAAGUGCACGUGACGAGGUGAAGUCGCUGAAACGUGCCCUGAAGUCAGCCACUGCUGAUCGGGAACGUGAUGUUACUGAUAUCCAGAUUAAACUGGCAACUGCCUCGAAGGAUCUAGACAAGUGGCGUCAAACUGCUAACAAAUAUGAGCGUGAGAUUGACAACCUUCAGCAGCAAAACAAGCAGUGGCAGAAAACUGCAGAAAUACAAGCCAGUGAGCUGCAGUCCAUGCAGGUGGAGUGUAAUGGCCUUCAGAAGGAAUGUUCUGUCCUGCAAUCUGAGAAACAGGAUAUUGUGAAUAAGCACCAGAAGGAAAGGAAUACUCUGCAGAGUGAAUGCACUUCCCUAAAGUCUGAGAAGGAGGAACUUCUCAAGACUCACCAGAAAGAGAAGGGCAGCCUGCAGAGUGAAUGUAUAGCGCUGCGUGCUGAGAAAGAGGCAGUGCUGAAGAAACAGCAGCAGCUGGAGAAGGACCUUGCCAGCUCACGUGCCCAAAAUGCUGAGCUGAGCAACAGCCUCAAAAACCUAGAGAGGUGCCAGCAAGAGCUGGAGAAGAGGCUGGCGGCUCUGCAGCUUCAGCACCGGCAGGAUAGCACCAAACUGCACACCCAACUGGAUGAGGCAGACAGAAGCAACAAGGCUCUGCAGAGAGAGUAUGAGGAGACUAAGACGGAGCUGUCAGACCUAAAGGAAAAAUAUGAGAAGGCUGAGCAGAAAAAUCAGUCGCUUACAGAUGAACUUGAGGAGGUCAAAGCUAACAUGAAGGAAUUACAGGAGAAAGGAACAAAGACUUCCCUAUUGCUGCCUGUUCAAGCCAUAGCCAUCGGCCUUAUCCUGGCUUUGCUGUAUUGGUGCUUCAGCGCAAUGUGGUAAAACCAUGGAUGAUCUGGGGUUCUGUGGUUGCCGUGGCUCUAACAGCUGUGACGGUUGCUGUGCUCAUCAGGACCUGAGGGGAAACGUGCUCAAGCACACCUACACACAUCCAUAUUUGUCUACACUGAAACACUUGCCCCCUUAUCAUAUCUGCACUAUUAAUUAGGAGGGCUCAUACUUUAAUUUUUAAGAUUAUCCAUUUUAGAUGGCAGAGAUGUUAAUAAAAGUGUCACUUGUGUGGAAAUAAACACGUUUGUUAUUUGAAGGAA